AUGGUGAUUGAGAAGCGAGGGUCAACAGGUGCCAGUGAACGGGCAUCCCCCGUAUCACCUCCUCGGAUUUGGCAAAAAGCAUACCCUCCUCCCUUCAAUGCUGAUAAGACCCCGGCCGUUGAUUUGGAGUGGCUGGAAGGGGAGGUUACACAUCCUGUCUCCACAGAAUCCCUACUCGCAAAUGAUGUCAAGUUCAAAACAUGUUCCAUUAAACAGGCUACCAGUGCCGUCGCACCAUCUGGGCAUGGUCUCCAUUCACCCAGUGCAACUAGGUGCAUUUGGAUUCCCUUGCACAACGAGUCCAAACAAAUCCUCGACAAAUAUCUAGCUGACAUCACCUUUAUUCACCACGUGGUCCACAGCCCUUCUGUGCGAAAACUUGUGGAGGAACUCUAUCAGAAUAUUAAUGGCAAGUGUUCGAUCAAACUUGGGCAUGUUUCAUUACUCCUGGCAAUUCUGGCGAGCACCACUUUCUUCUGGACAGAACGCGACAUGCCUUCACCAUUAUUCUCCUCUGUCAAGGAAGCGAAUCAACAAGCCAUCGUAUGGAUGAGAAUCGCCCUUGAAUUAUUGGAGCAUUCGCGUCAAAAGGGCUCAGAAGCACUUGAAGAUAUCCAGGCUAUGAUAAUCGUUGCCUUUCUUAUAACCAAUCUCGUUGGAAUCAAGUCGCAGGCAUGGUACGUAUUCUCCACAGCAAUCACGGUAGCUCGUCGCCUACAACUACAUCGAAUCGAUCAUCCUCAGAAUGCAAGGCCUGGCAUAGCCCACGGAAGCGCAAUCCACGAGGAGAUAGGCAGAAGAGUAUGGUGGUAUCUCGUUGCAACAGAUUGGUAUGCACCCUGUUAUCAAUUUUCCCGCCAUGCCUAA